AUGCCGGCCACCUGCCCUGCUAACGCUGACGACCGGUUUGGGCCUCGCGUCAACACCAACUGUCGCCAGUUCGACUUCACGCCGUGGUUUGAAGAUGCCUUCUUCACACUCUUACCAGCAGCCGUGUUUCUUUUGCUCUUCCCAUGGCGUCUACGCAGCCUGCGAAAGAAGUCUGUCAAGCUUCAAUCCUUUCGACUGGUAAUAUGGAAGUUAACUCGCGAAUCAAUCGCAUUGUCCGCCGAUAUCGUCGGUGCUAUUCCAGUCCUAACGUCCUUGGUGUUGUCCUUUCUCAAAGACCAGCGUUCCCUCAACCCGUCUGACAUUUUGGUCCUCUAUUUCUCUGCAUCGGCCAUGUGUGCUUUGCCGCGACUGCGCUCACUGUGGAUUAUCCACUCCGUGCCGAUUCCGAGGGCCAUUUGGACCGUUAUCACCGUCGGAACGGUAGUAGUCAUGACCGUCGAAUCCGCACGGAAGACCCGGUGGCUACGCUCGCUAUACCGCCAGAGCAGUACUCACGAGCAGACUGCGGGCUUUUGGAGCGGAAGCUUCUUCAUCUGGGCGCUCCCAUUCUUCCAAGCCGGAUACACCAAGGAUCUCCAACUCGCUGAUAUCCCGCCGGUAGACGACGACUUGAAAGGUCAGUCAAACGUGUACGAACUGCAAGUCGCAUGGAAACGUGUCCGAGCCCGGCAUCGUUUCCGUCGUCAUCUUCUUCUCCAGGCUACCUUUGCGGCAAAUAAAUGGUCAUUUUUGUCAGCCGUUUUUGGUCAACUCAUCUGUCUCGUAUCGAGAGCCGUGUAUUGGCGACAGACCUAUCGUUUAGUGAGCAGGAUCCGAUCGGGUCUCACGAUCAACAUCUACCGGCACAUCACUGCGCUUCCUGGGCGUGAUGUGAAGAAUAUGGAGGCAGUUACGCUCAUGGGGACCAAUGUGGAGCGAAUUGUGGACACAUUUACUUAUAUUCAUGAAUUGUGGGCUUCAAUCAUCGAAGUAAGCAUCGCCAUCUGGCUCUUGACCCGGCAGAUCUCUCUAGCAUCAUUAGUACCGUCGGUUGUAUGUGUGGCAUCGGUGUUCGCAGCAUCACGAGUUGCCACGGGGUUUGGAAAAGCUCAGAAGACGUGGAAUGAACGGGUUGAGAAGAGAAUCUCGGCCACGAUUAGCAUGCUCGGGGAUAUGAAGUCGGUCAAGUUUCUCGGCCUUGCAGGUGUUAUAUCGGACAUCAUAAGACAGUACAGGGACAUUGAGCUUCAAACAUCGGAGAAAUUGCGCCGAUUGCGCAUCUGGAGGAUCCUUGUUUCGAAUACUCCUACAACUAUCAAGCCAUUCUGUACGCUCGCAACGUAUGCUGCGAUUGCAGCUGCUAGGAAAGACGAGACGCUGCUCUCCGCUCAGGCUUUUUCUUCUCUGUCACUAAUCAGUUUGGUGACAAACCCUCUACUAACCUUGUGUCAAGUUCUCCCAUCCUUCAUUCAGGGUAUUUCUUGCUUUAGCCGCAUUGAGAGCUACUGUUUGAAAUCCGGCCUACUUCAAACGAAUAGCCGUUCCUCGCAGUCGCUUGCUGUGAGCCUGACGAACAACUCUACUGAGCUGACGGAACUGGCCUCGGCACUCGGUAGCAACGAUAGUCUCUUUGUCUUUGACAAUGCUGACAUCGCUUGGUCCCUGGAGGCAGCUCAACCUGUCCUGCACAGUCUAAGUCUGACUAUCAGCCGUGGGCUCACUGCGAUAAUUGGACCAAGUGCAUCGGGCAAAUCAACAUUACUUCAGAGUAUGAUUGAAGAGACUGUUUUCAAGAAGGGCUCUAUGAUAUCAAAUGGGUCCAGAGUGGCCUUUUGUUCGCAGGGCCCGUGGAUCAAGGACGAUACAAUCCGAUGCAAUAUCAUUGGAGGAGGCAGGGAGACUGACUUUGAUCAGAAAUGGUACGACUUUUCUCUCUUGGCCUGUGGCCUUAAGCAUGAGCUGGAAAGCUUUCCUGCGGGUGAUCAGACAUUUGCUGGAAAUAAUGGUGUUUUAUUAAGCGGAGGACAGCGUCAACGAGUGGCCCUUGCACGUGCCGUUUAUUCCAGGCUUCCUGUGGUAAUACUUGAUGAUGUGAUGAGUGGGCUUGAUCCAAAAACGACGAGCACAAUUGUCAAUCAUUUGUUCUCCCAGAACGGCUAUUUUAGGAAAGCGGACAUAUCGGUGAUUGUUGCUACUCAUAACCGGCAACUCCUUUACCACAUGGACGCGGUUGUUGUGUUGGAACAGGGCAGAAGUGUACACUCUGUGUCCUACGAGGAGACUCUAGCGCGACAUGACGGUCUUAAAACAGAACCGGGGGCAUCAUCUAUUUACGCGUCUCCAGUUGAAGUAAUUGAUGAUGACACUGAACAAUCAGCUACCCACACGCCUACAGUAACCCCCCUCCAUCCCCCGUCCAGAGAGAAGAAGGGAAACCCCGACCAGGCUGUCAAUGAAACACAGAGACAACAGGCCACCUGGUCAACUUACUUCUAUCACGGACGAAGUGCAGGGUUUUGGUCUAUGGUCCUCUGGAUAACCUUCACUUUUGUUGGUGCCAUUUUGACCAGUCUAACAAACCAAUUUAGUCAGGAUAUUGAUCUCAUCGAUAUGGGGCUCCCCUCGGAGGUGAUCCAAUUUACAACAGGAGCUGCGUCUUGCGCUGUACAAUUGAUCGUCCUGUGCGUUAUGGGAAAGUUCCUUGCGGCAAUAAUUCCAGUCCUUGCAAUCGCCCUGUUCAUUGUACAGUCCUACUAUUUGCGUACCUCUCGCCAGGUUCGCCUUUUAGAUAUUGAAACCAAGGCGCCGGUCUACAAACAGUUUAUCGAGACCUCACACGGAGUCUCAACCAUCCGCGCUUUUGGCUGGCAAGACGCAUUCUACGAAAAGCAGGCCGAAGUUAUAGACCAGGCACAACGGCCAUUUUACAUGCUUUUCUGCAUUCAGCAGUGGUUAGAACUUGUCCUUGAUUUAAUCAUCGCUGCCCUUGCAGUAAUCAUAAUUUCCAUCGCCACCACAGUUAAAGGCAGUCUUAGUCCAGGAGCGCUGGGGGUGGCGCUGGUCAUCAUUUUGCAGUUCAAUUCGGAUUUGUCACAGACUAUACAGUCUUGGACAAAAUUGGAGACAUCAAUCGGGGCGGUGGCCAGAGUUCAGCAGUUUUUGCAAGAGACCCCUGUCGAGCCGGAUGCUGAUGUUACUCCUGACGCAGGGUGGCCGUUGAAAGGGGCUAUUCACUUCCAGGAUGCCGUUGCUAACUAUGGGUCCGACGAUACACUGCCGGCCAUGGCAAAUCUCAACCUGCGAAUCACCCCGGGAGAGAAAAUCGCCAUCUGCGGACCAUCAGGAAGCGGCAAGUCAACUCUCAUCAUGGCUCUUGCACGGAUUAUUGAUCUCAGAAACGGAAAAAUCACGGUUGAUGAAAUAGAUAUCUGCACCGUUUCACCUGCCCACCUCCGGUCAUGCUUGAACAUCAUUCCGCAAGAGCCGUUCUUCAUUCCCGGUUCGAUUAGGGUUAACAUUGAUCCACACAAUCAGCACUCUGAUACUUUGAUUGAGAGCGCUCUUCGAAAGGUUCAUUUAUGGGAACGAAUGGCUGUUGGUAGAGAAGGAGGAGCAGGAACACUUGAUAGAGACCUUAUUGCGUCGGAAUGGUCACAGGGUGAACGGCAACUAUUAUGUCUAGCCAGGGCAUUACUGGUACCCAGUCAAAUCCUGAUUUUAGACGAGGCAACAAGCAGCGUCGACGAGGGAACAGCUACCAUUAUGCAGGAAGUGGUCGAAGCGGAAUUCCCAACCCAAACUGUCAUUUCAGUUCUGCAUCGCUUCGCCUAUAUCAACCGAUAUGACCGGGUCGCUGUCUUGGAACAGGGGAGGGUCGUCGAGUGUGACAAGCCGCGAACCCUUCUCAAUCGAGAGUCAACGUUCAGGGAGUUUUACAACUUGAGUGAACACGCUAUACAAUAG